AGCGGGGAACUCCUCCGAAGUAAAUAAAUAAAGACGCUCCCUCCCCUCCAUCGCCUCCGCCUCCUCCCGCUCCCUCAGAGCGCAGGGCGGGAACGAGCUCGUGCGCUGGGGGCGUGGCCUGCGGCGGCGGGCCGCGCUGAUUGGUCACGCAGUGUGAUGCGUCACGGCGGGCGGUGYGUGCUGUGGGUGCGCGCGGCGCUGCUCGGGGUCCGGCCGCUGCCGCCGCCGUGUGGGGACAUGGCCGAGGCGGGACCCGGCACCGGSGGCAGCCGCGGUGAGGAGCCGGACCCCGCCGCCAAGGAGGAGGAGGAGGUGGCACCGGCCGCCAAGAAGCGGCGGCUGGCGGGMGGRGAGCGGUACGUGCCGCCGCCGCGGAAGCUGAACGCCGGCGUGAGCUUCGGYGCCGAGCACUUCGCCGAGACCUCGUACUACUUCGAGGGCGGCCUGCGCAAGGUGCGCCCUUACUACUUCGACUUUCGCACCUACUGCAAGGGGCGCUGGGUGGGCCGCAGCCUCCUGCACGUGUUCGGCAGCGAGUUCCGCGCUCAGCCCCUCUCCUAUUACCGCGCCGCCGCCCGCGCCGGCCGCCUGCGCCUCAACGAGGAGCCYGUGCGCGACCUGGACAUCGUGCUCAAGAACAACGACUUCCUCAGGAACACGGUGCACCGUCACGAGCCGCCGGUCACUGCCCAGCCCAUCCGCAUCCUGGCGGAGGACGACGAGGUGGUGGUGGUGGACAAACCCUCGUCGCUGCCUGUCCACCCCUGCGGCAGGUUCCGGCACAACACGGUCAUCUUCAUCCUGGGCAAGGAGCACGGCCUGACGGAGCUGCACACCCUGCACCGCCUGGACCGCAUGACCUCCGGCGUGCUCAUGUUCGCCAAGACSGCCGCCGUGUCCAAGCGCAUUGACGAGCAGGUCCGGCAGAGGCAGCUGGAGAAGGAAUAUGUCUGCCGGGUGGUGGGCGAGUUCCCGGAGCACGAGGUGAUCUGCGAGGAGCCCAUCCUGGUGGUUUCCUACAAGGUGGGCGUGUGCCGCGUGGAUCCCAAGGGSAAGCCCUGCCAAACGCUCUUCCAGAGGCUCAGCUACAACGGCAGCAGCAGCGUGGUGAGGUGUCUGCCGCGCACGGGCCGCACACACCAGAUCCGGGUGCACCUGCAGUUCCUGGGGCACCCCAUUGUCAACGACCCCAUCUAYAACAUGGAGGCCUGGGGYCCRGACAGGGGCAAGGGUGGCAAGAUUGGCAAGACAGAUGAGGAGCUCCUGAAGGCACUGGUGGAGGAGCAUCGUUCCAAACAGAGCCUGGASGUCUUGGGUAUUGGGGAGGAGGACUUGAGCUCCGGUGGUGAAAGUAAAGACUGUGGGAAUGCAGGUGACUGCACAAAACCUGCAGAGGUUGAUCCUAUAAAUGGGAAUUCCUGCCCUGCUGAGGAUGUGAAGGAUCCUGASAAGAAGGACGUAGCAGCUYRUCCACUGAACUCUGAUAKCAACCUGGAAACACUUGAGAAAGACAAAGAGCUCAGUUUGUGUGGGAAUCAGGAUGGGCAAACGGGGGAGAAGGGUUGGGAAGAGAAGGACCCUUUGUGUGUGGAGUGCAGGACGAGCAGGAGGGACCCAUCUCCCAAGGAGCUGGUGAUGUUCCUGCACGCCCUGCGCUACAAGGGAGCGGACUUUGAGUAUUGCUCCAGCAUGCCCAAGUGGGCCAUGGAGGACUGGGAGGAGUGACCAGGACACCCRGCACCUGCAGGCACUGCUGGCCAGGAGAGCGGCAGGGAAAAACCAAAGAUUGACUUUUCUUUGUGGUUGAGGUGAACAAAGCAUGCCUCAAGCUGGGGUGGGAGGGAUCAGUGGAGCUGGAGAAUUAUCUCAGCUUCCCACAGGUGCUGCAAAAGAUGAGCAGGGAAACCAGGAGUUUUAUGUUGCCCUCCAGUGAAUUGAUGACAAGGACCAAACUUCACUCGGCAUGAGCAGCUUUGCCUUCAACUUGACAGAUUCUGGAUCAAUUAUCCACAUGGAUAAUGAAGUGCAUGCACUAAAAGUCAAUAACUGGUUUUUCUUCCAGCUUUCUGUGUUCCUGUGUCUUACAGUAAGAGCUGCUAGAUGUCAUGUCAUCAUGUCAUAAAAAACCAAUUUUUACUGAACUUUAUUGUCAGAUUAUUUCAAAACUCUGAGAUUAUCCCUGAGAACACUGUGAGGUAAAACCAGAACACUGUGAUCUGUUUUGUGCCUGCUGUUUGUUAGCAAGACACACUUGCCUUUGAAAUUACCAAUAUUCAUUCAAAUAAUUACUUCAAAUUAGCAGUUCUUGGCACAGAUAUUGGGCUUGGUGUUGGAGAUACUAGUCCCCAGAGUUUGUCUURAAGAGAAUUUUUAAUAUCAAUUCAUUGUGACAAUCGGCUUUCAAUAAAAACAAAAGCUGUUUUAUGAAGCAGAAGAGUUUUAAAAAAUAACUUUUUAUCACUAUAUUUCCAGACUGAUGCAUAUCACCAUAGGUCUUGUUUUUAUCAGUGUUUACACAUUUGAUUCUUGGUUUCUGGGAGGGUUUUUAYAUUAAUUUUGGAGAUUUCAAGGUUGGCCCAUCCACAGGAAUUAGUACCUUCCUCCUUAAAUCUCUUGAUGAUGUCACAAGGGUCAGAAUGUGGCUAUCAAACCACAGCAAACCAGUACUUGCUUCCAAUAGUUCAAAGGAGCCAAGUGAUGUCUUUCUCUGCUGAAUGAUCCAGCUGAUGUUGAAUAUUUCCAUAAAAAUUCACUCAGGUUUGAGCUUUGUUCUUCCACAUCCUGCCAAGGAUUUCGUGAUUCUAAUUUAAUUCCAGAUAUUUAGAGAGAUGCUAAAAAUCAGCGUUGUCCAAAUUUUUCAUGAAUUGGAAAUAAAUGGAGCUUGGGCACCUUCAGUGUAUAAAAAAGUGUGGCUGUAGCUGUUGCUGGAUUUGGGUGCAGGGGAGAGCCGUUAGAUUUAGGGAUGACAGCUAAAUUAGACUUUGAGGUGUCCCAAGUUGUGUU